AUGCUGCACCGCCGCUCCGUUCUAGCAGCGGGCUGCAACUGCAGCAGCAGCAGCAGGAGCAGCAGCAGCAGCAGCCGCUGGAGUUACUCGGUCUUUGCUGUUGCUUCUGCUGCUACAAGGAAGACAGCUGCUGCAUGUUCUAGCGCCGCCAAAAGUGGCGGCAGCAACAGCAGCAGCAACAGCAGCAGGAGCAGCAGCAGCAGCAGCAGUGGAGCGGCCAGCCGCGCGAUGUUCUCCUCCCGCUGUUACUGCCACUGCGGCCACCGUCAUAACCCUGCAGCAGCAGCAGCAGGAACAGCAGCAACAGCAACAACAGCAGCAGCAGCAAGAGGAGAAACAGCAGCAGCAACUCAAUCCUCCCUACUUUGUUUUUUUUCACCAGCACGCCGUCAGGCGUGCAGCAGCAGCAACAGCAGCUGCAGCAAAAUCAACUGCAGCAGCAGCAGCAGCAGCAGCAGCCUAGUUCGUCAGCAGCAACGACGAAGGUGGCAGCUGCUGCAAGGUUUGCUGCUGCUUCUUUUGUGUCACUUCCUUUAUCCCACACCAGCAGCAGCAGCAGCAGCAGCAGCAUCGUCAACAGCAGCAGCUGCUGCUGACGCAGCUUUAGUCACUCCCUCUGCAUCUCCCAAAGACGGGCUGCAGAAGUCCAGCAGCAGCAGCAGCAGCAGCAGCAAUAGCAGCAGCAACAGCAGCAGCAGCAGCAGCAGCAGAGGGUGGGAUGGAUUUUCUCUGGCCUUCCCAACAGACCACCGAGGAAGAAGCCACACACACGUCGCAAUAACAGCAAUAGCAGCAGCUGCAGCAGAAGCAGCAGCAGCAGCAGCAGCAGCAGAGACACCAACAACAGCAGCAGCAGCAGAGGUAGCAGAAGCAGCAGCAGGAGAAGCAGCCAUGACGGAGCCUCAGGAGGCCCCGUCAAGUGAUGCUGCUGCUGCUGCAGCUGCGCAGCAGCAGCAUCUUCAUUUACAGCAGCAGCACCUAGAGCUGCAGCAGCAGCAGCUGCAGCAGGAGCGGCUGCGGCUGCAGCAGCAGGAGAGAGACCAGAAUGAGCAACGGCAGCAGCUAGCUGAGCAGCUGCAGCAGCUGCAACAGCAGCAACAGCAGCAGCAGCGGCUGAACGCUCGUCUUCGUAAGCAGAUUUUGUUGCUGCAGGAGCAACAGCAACUGCAGCAGCAGCAACAAGAACAGCCGCAACAGCAGCUGCAGCAGCAGCAGCAGCAGCAGCAGCAGCGUAGAGUACCAACAGCAGCAGAGACCUCUCCCUCAGGGGGAGGAGCAAGACACAGGGCAGCAAAAGCUUAUAAGAGUCAGGUCCUUACUAGAGGGCGCCGCAGCAGGAAGGAGCAGCAGCAGCAGCAGCAGCAGCAGCUAAAGCAUUAUUUCCUGCAGCAGCUGCUGCUGCAGCAGCCGCAGCAGCGAGACCAAGCUGCGCUGCAGCACCUUGUUGAUGCUGCUUCCUUCUCUGCUGAUGUAACAACAGACAUGCAGCAACUGCAGCAGAUGCAGCAGCAGCAGCUGCUGCUGCUACUGCAGCAGCAAGAAGGUGAUCCUCUCUUUCCUUGUACCCCUAGAUCUAGAGAGCAGCGGCGCAGCAGCAGCAGCGAGUCUGCUGCUGCUGCUGCUGCCGCCGAAGCUGCAACACGAGAACCUUCUGCUGCUGCUGUGGCAGGAGCAAGUGUUGCUGCAGCAGCAGAGGUCCUGUCUUCUCCGCAGCUACUGCAGCAGCAGCAGCAGCAGCAACAUGCAUCCUACUCACUGCCUUUUGUAUCUAAGUCUAGUACUAGACCAAGACAGACACGUGCAUGCGGUGUACGUACACCCCAUAGCAGCAGCAGCAGCAGCAAGAAGAAGCAAACAUGUGUAGGUAAGAAAAGGAAGACAGGUCGUAAGGUUAGGCGCAGCGUCAGCAGCAGCAGCAGCAAUGCCCCAAGAAGCAGCAGCAGAAACAACGACAACAGCAGCAACAAUAACAGCAGCAGCAACAACAACAACAACAACAACAACAGCAGCAGCAGCAACAGCAGCAGCACGAGGCCUUCGGUGUAUACAGAUUGGGGGCGGGGCCACAGCUCAGCCUUUAGGGAGGGCCGACGUCAUCAUUCGCGUGCUUCUGCUGCUGCUGCUGCUGCUGCUGCAGCAGCAGCAGCACUAGGAAGAGUGCCUGUGUCUAGUGCUGCGGAGACAGUUCAUGACUCAGAAACAGCAGCAGCAGCAGCAGCAGCAGGAACAACAGCAGCAGAGCCUGCAGCAGAUGCAGCAGCUUUUGCUUCCUUUGCUUCUCCAUUAGAGACAACACAGAGCGACUCGAGCAGCGGGGAGCAGACAAAAGAGGAUUUGCUACCAUACAGGCAGCAGCAGCAGCAGCAGCAGCAGCAGCAGCAGCAGCAAUGGGGUCAUUAUGUAGAGGAGGAGACAGUAGAGUCUCCUUCUUUAUCUGUUGCUUCUUUGUCAUCAGAUACAGACACAGUAGGUAGUAGCAGCAGCAGCAGCAGGGAACAGUUAGACUAUGGUGGUAGCAGCAGCAGGAGCAGCAAUAGUGCAGCAGGAGAAGCAGCAGCAGCAGCAGCAGCAGCAGGACUAUCAGGAGCAGAGAGUCUUAUUGUCUUAUCUACAACAGGAGACAUCUUUCGUGUCUCUACUAGCGGCGCCUUCCAAUGGCAGGCGCAUCUAGGUAGUCCCCUUGCUGCAGCAUAUGUUGCCAACAGCAGCAGCAGCAGCAGCAGCAGUAGCAGCAGUAGCAGCAGUAGCAGCAGUAAUAGUGGUGGCAACAGCGGCAGCAGCAGCACAAGUACACGUAGCAGCAGCAACAAAGACACCAGCAGCAGAAGCAAUAUUCAUAGCAGCAGCACGGAGACAAUUGCAUUCAAUUCGUCUCCUCUUCCUCCUGUUGCAGCAGACUGCAGCAGCAGCAGCAGCAGCAGCAGCAACACUGUGGGGUUGCAACAGCAACUGCAGCAUCCUCCUUCCUGUACUACACCGGUAUUUGCUGCUCACGAUACAGCAGCAGCAACUCCUACAGAGGAGACACCUGGACGCAUGCGGCGUCUGCUGCCCGGCUAUGACGGCCGAUUGUAUUUAGUUGAACCUGAUGGCACCAUGGUGGUGUUACAAGCAUUACAAGUAACAGUACCUCAAGUUGUAUCUCGUUUACCAUUUCGUGCUCCUUUGUUUCCUGAUGUUUAUUUUAUUGGUAGUAAAAAUGCUACUGUUAAGGCAAUAGAUCUACUUACGGGUCAGGACAUAAAAGGGGAGCGCCUUGAGGCCUUAGGUAACGAAGCGGAGGACUUGACGGAGACAGGAGCGAAGCAGCAGCAGCAGCCGCAGCAGCAGCAGCAGCUGCUGGUUGCACAAAGCGUCUGGCAGCUCUGGGCUGUCAGUGCGCAAACCCAUAAGAGACUGUGGGGUCUCUCUUGGGUAGAUGUAGCUGGGUUCGGAGGAGACCCUCAGCUGCCUAGACACCCCGAUGAUCUGCGGCUAACGGAGACACUGCGUGCCUCCUUAAGGGCGGAGGGGGAGCUGCUGUAUAUGCUGCAGCGGGACCAUACUGCUGCUGCUGCUGCAGCAGCAGCAGCAGGAGAAGAUCCAGCUGCUGCAGCAGCUCCUUUGUUCCUUAAAUUUCCUGCACCUAUUGCUGCUGUUUUUGCUGUUACUUCGCCACUGCAGCAGCAGCAGCAGGACUCACUAUGGCAGCAGCAGCAGCAGCAACUGCGGGGACCAACUGCCUAUACACUCCAAUUCAUUGCAAGACAAAGAAGACCUACAGGGCUACCCCUUCCCCCUGAUCCAUGGAGACGACCGGAUGCAGCAGCAGCAGCUGCUGCUGCUGCUGCAUCUGAUGCAGCUGUCCCCUUUUACAUGCCUUCUCUGCUUCCCGCGCCACCGUUGCUUCCUCCGCUGUUGCAGCAGCAUCACCUGCAGCAGCAAGCACAGCAGCAGCAGCAGCAGCAACAGCUGGUGUCCGUACACUACAAAUACCUACAAGACCUAGCGGGGUCCUCCGUGCUGCAGCGUCCUCUUCCUUGGGCAACAUCAGAGUAUGCAUUGGAUUCACCAGCAGCAGCAGCUGCUGCAGCAGCAACAGCAGCAGCAGCAGCAGCUGCUGCUGCUGCAGCAGCUGCGGCAGCGGCAGCAGCAAGCCCUUCAUUGCAUGGGAGGGCCCCGCUGCCCUUAGAGGCCCCACCCGGCUGGCGUUCGUCCAUUGAAGCUCCUCAGCAGCAAUCCAGCAGCAGCAGCAGCAGCAGCAGCAGCAACUAUACUAGUCACAUGCCAGCAGCAGUUGGAGACAUAGAAGGGGGGACGGCGCGUUGGUGGCCUCAAGGACUACAGCAGCAGCAGCAACAGCAACACUAUCACCAUCACCACCAGUACCAGCAACAACAGCAAGAGCAGCAGCAGCGGCAGCAGCAGCAGCAGCGGCAGCAGCAGCAGCAGCGGCAGCAGCAGCAGCAGCGGCAGCAGCGGCAGCAGCAGCAGACAUACGACCUCCCUCAUAGACCAUUUAACCCAAUAGUGUCUCCUGUCUUAGGAAUAUUAAGAAGAUGGAUGCAGCGUGUCUUCCAUGCAGACAUGGGGAAGCAGCAGCAGCAGCAGCAGCAGCAGCAGCAGGGCACCUUCACUCCUCAUCCCCUCCAUCAGCACCCUCUAUGGCGUAGGCCGCGAGGCCGCAUGCAUAUUCACCAGCAGCCAGCUAAUGGUAGGCAGCAGCAAGAGCAGCAGGAACAGCAGCAGCAAGGAGGAGACGGAGAGAAUGAGGAGACAGGAGGGAGGACUAUGGCAUAUAUAUGGUUAGCUUCUCUUGUUGCUGCUAUCUCUGCUGCUGUCUCCUCUGCUUCCUUAACAGGAGGACACCCGCUGCUGCAUGCAAUAGGUAGCCGCUGCAGGCUUGUGCUGCGGUGGCUGCGCCGUCUCCUCCCCCUGCAGCGGCAGUACCAUCAGCAGCAGCAGGAAGAGGAACAGCUGCAGCGCAGCAGCAGCAGCAGGAGGGAUGAGGCCUUUGCGUCAUCGGACAUAGGAACAGACGACGCUGAAGGUUCUCCAACAGCAGCAGCAGCAGCUGCUGCUGCUGCUGCUGCUGAUAUGUCAGGAGAAGCCAUAUGGAGCUGCCAAAGCAGAAGCAGCAGCAGCAGCAGCAGCAACAGCAGCAGCAAAGCUGUCUCCGAUGCCUCAGAUAGGGAAAGUUAUUCUAAGGAAGGAUAUAGAGGUUUGUCUCCAACUGAUGAGUAUCUACAGACACGUGCAGCAGCAGCAGCAGCGGCAGCAGCAGCAAAGGUGCGGAGACGUCGUACUACAACCACAAGCAGCAGCAGCAGCAGCUGCAGCAGCAGCGCUGGCGAAGAAGGGAGGAAGCAGCAGCACAGGAGACACUCGAAGCGCCUAGCAAAGUCCUCUGUUGGGUCUCCUGCUGUCCCCUCUGCUGCCUAUUGGGGACCAACAAGUAGGCAGCAGCAGGUGCAGCAGCAGCAGCUAGAGCAGCAGCUCGAGCAGCAGCUAGCGCAGCUAGAGAGUCCAUUAAGGAGAAGAGGGACAGCAGGAUGGUGCGAGGUGUCUCCUGCGCAUCCUAGUCUAGCUGUCUCCUCUCCUAUCCCUCCCUUCCGUUCUCCUGGUGCUGCAGCAGCAGCAGGUGCAGCAGCAGCAGCAGGUGCAGCAGGUGCAGCAGCAGCAGGAGACAGUUCCUUACCUGCUACUGCUCGAGUUCGUGGAGACACUGCAGAGGAGUUAGAUGGUCCAUGGUGGUAUAAACCUUUCCCUCCACGUGGUGUAUCUGCUGCUGCUGCUGCUGCUGCAGCAGCAGCAGCAGCAGCAGCAGCAGGUGGCGGAGGGCCAACAGGAUUUCGUCGUGUUGGUCGUUCUUGUGCUUCUCUUGAGGAAAUUCUUCUUAGUGCUGCUAAGCAAAGAAGAGCAUGCGUCCUUGAUGUAGAUUUGUCUCCUCCUCUCCCCUUCCCGCUGCAGCAGCAGCAGCAGCAGCAACAGCAGCAGCAGCAGCAGAGGGGUAGUAGUGCACAGGUUCCAUCUACAGGAGAAUUCCCUACAACAAUAGAUCCACAACAACUUACUACUCCUGCUGCAGUGUCUCCUGCUGCAGCAAGUACUCCUGCUGCAGCAAAUACUGCAGCAGCAGCAGCUGCUGCUGCUGCUCCUCAUGGGGAUAUGUUGCUGCACCCGGAGUUACCUCCCCCUCAACAGCCACCACAACAGCAACAACCGCAUCCACCUGACCCUCAGCAGCAGCACGACCAGCAGCAGCAGCAGCAGCAGCAGCAACAGCAGCAGCAGCAGCAGCAGCAGGACACCCUUAAUGGUGAAUCUGCUGUAUUUAAUUGCCGUUUAGAGACACAAAGUAUAGAAGAUGAUCUGCAUGCAACAGACAGCAGCAGCAGCAUAAUGAGUAGUACAAAGAUAAUAAAAAGCAGCAGCAACAGCAGCAGCAACAGCAGCAGCAGGAGCAGCAGCAGGAGCAGCAAUAUAGGUGUCUCCUCUAUUGCUGGUUGUGGUGGUGUGCUGCUGGUGGUUGUGGUGGUGGUGGUGAUGCGUCGUGCAUUGACGGGUAUUCUGUUAAACUCUCGUCGCUCGGGGUGUCUCUCUGAGGAUGACUACAGUAUAUCAAGAGCAAGGAGAGCAGCAGCAGCAGCAGCAGGUGGUGCUGCUGCUGCUGCUCGUGGUGCUGGUGGUGUACGGCCAUUUGCACUGCAACGGGAGGUAGCAGGAGACGAGAGCGAUACAGAAGACAACGUGGGCUACAGCAGCAGCAACGGGCAGGAGCAGCAGCAGCAGCGACGGCAGCAGCGGCGGCUGCAGCGACUGCAGCAGCAACAGCAGCAACAGCAGCAGCAGCAGCAGCAGCAUGGUGCAGCGCUGCGGCGUGUUGCUUCGAGUCCAGCAGUGUCAUUCAGGGGCCGCGAGUUGGGAGGUGGCGACCUGCUGCAGCAGCAGGAUCUAGACAACAACAAGAACAAGUACCAGAAGCAUAAACAGCAGCAGCAGCAGCAGCAGCAGCAGCAGCAGGGUAUGUCCUCUAUUUCUUAUAAAGCAAGAAGAAGAGACUUAUUUAGGGCAAUGCGUUUGCCUCCUUUGCUGCUCAACACAAGGAGACAGCAAAAGGUAUCUAAGGCCUCCCUUAGUGACGUAGAGGGACUGCUGCCGCAACAGCAGCAGCAGCAGCAGCAGCAGCAGCAGUUAGCUGCUGGGGAAAGAUAUUGCAUGCAGCACCGAAGCGGUACAGUAGACACACUGGGUUCAAGCUGCUCCUGCUGCACGAACCCAGCUGCUGCUCCUGCUGCUGCUGCUGCUCCGGGCAGCCAGACUCUAGACUAUUCUGCAGCAGCAGGACCUGCUGCUCUCCCCUCUAGCCACCCCAACUGUCUCCUCCUGCUGCGGAGAAGGAGACACAGCACUAGCGACUGCAGCACGAGAUCAGUGCAGCGAAUAGAAGCAGCAUUAGACAGAGGAGAUGCUGCUGACGGGGCUUGGAGACUAAGAAGAAGGAGACGUGCUGCUGCUGCUGCUGCUGCUGCUGCUGCUGCAGCCCUAGCUAGCCGGAGCAGCAGAAGUUGGGCAAAGAGACUAAAAGAAGGGACAGGAGAAAGCGGAGGCGACAAAGGGCUCGAUGCAACGACACAGCCCGAGCAGCAACCACCGCAGCAGCAGCAGCAGCAAGGGAAGCGCAAACUGCAGCAGCAGCAGCAGCAGGAUGUAUGGAGUGAUGAUGAUCUAUGGUCUGCUUAUCUAACAGAUGAUGAGAAAGAGUUGAUUGUCUUCCAAGAGGAUUCUUCUGAUGAGGAGGAGGAGGAGGAGGAGCAGCAGGAGCAGCAGCAGCAGCAGCAGCAGCAGCAGCAGAGGUUGCUUCAGCCACCUGUACCAGGACGAGGCAAAGAACGCAAUGCUAACAAAGAAAAAAGAGGACCUGCAUGCAAACAGCAGCAACUGCAGCAGCAGCAGCAGCAGAGGGGGCCCCUAUACCCUGUUGUCCUUCUUAUACAAAUGGAGAUGUGCACAGGACUCACUCUUAGGGCUUGGCUAGACAGAGGUAUAGUACAUAGAGACCUGAAGCCAGAGAAUAUAUUUGUUGAUCCGCAAACACAUGUCCUAAAGAUUGUUGACUUUGGUCUAGCUAAGUUUAUACAAAGAAAGACACAGACACAGAUUAAUACAGAUAAUAAUUAUCCUACUACUGCAACAACAACAGCAGCAGCAGCAGCAACAACAACAACAACAACAACAGGUGCUGCUGCUGGUUCUACUGCUCCUGUUGGUACUAAUGCUGCCGCGAUUGGAGAUUCAACGACCUCCUUAGAGCAACAGCAGCAACAGCAGCAACAGCAGCAACAGCAGCAACAGCAGCAACAACAACAAGCGUCUUCUGUUAAAGGAGUUAAUAAACCCGUCUUUUUUGAUUUGGUAAGAUAA